CAUACGUGGCGGUUUCUAGCGCGUGCAAGAUAUCUUUUUGGGGGCGAAAGGCCGUAGUAAUAGUAUGGACGAGCACGACGUGCCCGAGAACCAAGCGGACGAUGGCGAGCGCGACCCUGGCAACGAUGACGAGGACGAGGACGAAGGCCGCGAGACGGUCGGGUCCUUGGCGACGACGCAGACCAAGAUCAAGCUCAACAAGAUGAUGAACGCGUUCGCUUCGUUUGACGACAACAUGCGCAUUGGCACGCGCCAACGGCGGGAGCGGGACGAGCACCGGCUCGCCGAGAUGCGCACCGAGAUGACGCGGCUCGAGAAGGCGCUCAACGCCGAAAUCAAGCGGCGCUUUGAAAUGAACAAGUCGCUCCAAGCGCUCUGCGACGAGAGCGUGUCAAGCAUGACAUCGCGCUUCGAAGGCCUCCUCGCCAACUCGAUGGACAAGGUCGACGCGCGCCUCGCGGGCCUUGCCGAGAAGAUUGAGGCGCUCGAGGCGCAGUUCGAACACGAAAAAGUGCACAUUCCGCAGAUGAUUGAAGAGCGCACGAACGAGCUCACGGAGAAGCUGGGCGCGUUCAUGGAUGCGUUCGAGACCGAGCGCAAGCGGCGACUGGACCGCGAAGCCGAGAUCCUCAAGCGACUCUUCGACCACGAGCAGCUCGUGGCCGACCAGUUCUCCAAGGAGCGCCGGGACCGCGAAGUCAAGGCAACCGAGCUCAAGGACGCGCUCGACAUGUACACCAAGACGCGGCUGCGCGGCGACGACAAAUUUCAGCACGUGGCGCAGGAAGAAAUCGCCAAAAUCCAAAAUCUCCUCGUCCACGAAGCCCAGACACGCGAGCGUGAAGACGACGAGAUCAUCGAUGCGCUCAAUCGGUACACGGCCAAGCUCCAAGACAGUCUCAAGCUCAUCAACAGCACCGAAGCCUAACCCGCCUCAAUGUCAC